AUGGCAACAGCAGAUCAUAGUGGCAGUACCACUGGAAGUACCACUCCAAGUAUCCCUGUUCUCGACGAUCACACCCAUACCUCCCACCCAUUGAACGGGUCAACACUUCAAACGGUAACACCUGCGAGAUCGACGGCAUCAUCAAUAAUUUUCCCUAUCUCCAAGUCAAACGAUGCGCCAGUGACUACAAACGCAACUGCAACUGCAACAAUUCCCACAUUUCUGGCUGCGGAGCAAGGUACCAGCCUCCCUCCUUUGAUGGACUGGCAGGAUAUUGAAAUGGAUGGCGGGAUGCUGGCAGACAUGGGAAAUAUGUUACAGUUCGAUCUCGAGCCCGCCAGUCCAGUCCGGGUCCUCGGCGGUUUCAAGAUGACGAAUCUCGUCUUAGCUGACUUAAAUCAACUAUAUUUUGACCGUCUCCACGAUGUCCUACCCAUGAUACAUCGUCGACGGUACUUUAGCUGGGCAGAUCAGGAGAAGCCCUCUCUUGCUCGGAGUUGUCUCCGGUCAGCUAUGCAUACUGUGGCAGCAGCCGUGUCGACACAAUAUCACAGCCUUGGUGACGCUCUUUACCAAGAGACAUGUCAAUUACUAGAAUCCCAGUGCAUGCGGACGUUAAGCGCCAGUGGUAGUUCUGACGGGUCGUGGCUCACAUCAGCCAACAACUCCUGUCCUAGACCCAGUAGUGUCGGCGACAAGAUCCCCAUCGAGAUGAUUCAAGCCUGGCUUCUCCUGGCACAUUAUGAUCUUUUACGUGUUGAUGAGCACCAAGCCAUGGUUACGGCGGGACGUGCAUUCCGGCUCGUGCAGCUAGCACGUCUCUAUGAUGUCGAUGAGGGCAGCAAUGUUGAAGAUAUGCCCAAUAACCCUGCUGGCUCUGAGGGUGACCAGUGCGAGGGAAAUCUCUCAUACAUAGUAGCUGAGGAGAAGAGACGAACUUUCUGGCUUGCCUUUAGCUUUGAUCGCUUUCUCUGCUCACGCAACGAGUGGCCCUUGACACUACAGGAAGACGCAGUCCGCACGCGUCUCCCCUCCUCUGAGGCAAGCUUUCAAAAUAACCAGCCGACUCAGGUGUGCUUCUUAUCUGAAGCGCUAGCUAUGAGUGGUAGCGCCAAUUUCUAUGCCUCCACAAUGAUUCCUCUUUCGCCAUUUGCAGAAUGUGUUGUGCUGGCGGCACUGCAUGGUCGGUGCAUGACACAUCGCCGCAUGUCAAUGCUGCGCACUGGGACAGCCGAUGCACAAGAAUUCUGGGCGAGGCACGACCAAUUGACAUUGGCUGUAGAGAAGCGGACUCAGAUUCUCGCGCAAAGCCCAUCGCUCAAAACAAUCAACCGCAAUCCCAUUGUACUCUUCACUCACAUGCUGGCCCAUAAGUCAAUCAUCUAUCUCAGCAGCACUCUCGAAAUUGCGCUCUUGCAGCAACAGCAACAGCAACAACAAACUGGUGACCGCCAGCUUUUUGCCAGCUCAUACAAGUGGCGUGCUGAGCGGGCAGCGAUCGAAAUAAUGCGCCUUGCCGAGUCGGCCAGGUCGCUUGGUUGCUUCAGCAUGCACCCCUUUAUAGCUGGCCCACUUGCCUGUGCUGCCGACUUCUUUAUCCGACGUGCACAGUAUACCAAUAUCUCCAGGGCCUCGGGGAGUGCAGGGUGCCACAGCAGCAGUAGCAGCAUCAACAGCAGCAACAGCAGUAUCAGCGGCAAUGAUGGAGAGGUGGAGAGCUUGCUUUUCGUGCUUCGAAAUCUAGGCUGUGUGAAUAAUCUAGCACAGGACCAUCUCAGCACUCUCGAGGCUGAAUAUAAUACAUGGUGCGCUGGCGACAGGAGCAGUAACAAAAUGAAUAUGAUAUGA